AUGGACGCCAAAGAUGAGAUAAAGAGCAUAGCUUACUCUGCUUUUGAGUAUCUAUCUAUCUAUCUAUCUAUCUAUCUAUCUAUCUAUCUAUCUAUCUGUUGUAGCAUGCCUACAGACGAUAAUGGGAUAUUUUAUACUUUCUUCUCUUCCUUUCUCACCUUUCAGUCUUUUCCUACUUCAUUCCUGCUUUCCUACUUCUUUUCCGCCUUUUUCCUUCCUUCCUUCCUUCCUUCCUUCCUUCCUGCUCCCUAUAUCUUUUUCUUCCCGAGUCCCCGUCUUUCUUAUUUUCGUUCACCCUUUAUUUCCUCUCUGUAUCUUACUUAUUUUUAUUCAGCUUUUCUUUCUUCCGUAUUUUUUAUUUUCGUUCAUCCUUUCUUUCUUUCUUUCUUUCUUUCUCUUGCUUGUUUUCAUUCAGCCCUUCCUUGCUUAUAUUCAUUUAUUCUUUCCUUCCUUCCUUCCUUCCUUCUUUCUUUCUUUCUUUCUUUCUUUCUUUCUUCCUUCCUUCCUAUUUAUAUUCAUUUAUUCUUCUCUUUCUUCCUUCCUACUUAUCUUCCUUUUUGCUUUCUUACAUUCAUUUACACUUCCAUUGCUUACUCUCUCUCUUGUUUACUUCAAUUCGCUAUUUCCUUUCUUCUCUCCCUCUCUUAUUUUAAUUCGUAUCUUUCUAAGAUGAUUUACUAA